UUCAAGGAAUCUUGAGUCUGUGACGUCUUUUUAUUAGCAAUGGUGGAGCCAGAUGAAGAUGAUGAUGUCAUUGUGACCUCGGUGAAGAGAGCGCGGAAAUUCGGACCCCAGACAUCAACUCUCAAUUAUCUGAACACAUUAAUUGCCAAUCCCUAUCAGAAGAUGGCAGACUGGUUUUCAAGAAUGAAGGCUUGGUCAGAGCAUUAUUUCUUUAAGAAGGCUCCCAAUGGGGAGAAGCCCAAUGGGGAGUCCAGGACAGGGGCACCUGGGGGUCAACUGGGUCAAGGUCAACCGGUCACCUCAAGAGUUAGUGCCACAAUUGACAGGUUCAAGGCACCAGGGGAUGGAGUGAAGAAGUCAGGUUUCCAGACAACCAAUGGGAAUGAUCAGCCAGUUCGUAAUACCCUUGCCAGGGCAUCAGAAGGGGUGCAGACACAGUCUGACAACAGAUCAGGUAGAAAAUCAACAUUUCACCCCGCCCCCACCAUCCAGACGACUUCUGUCACCACCCCCUCAUCAUCUCAGUCAACACAGACCACUACCUCAGUCCAGACAGACCACUCAGAUAUUUGGCACAGGAUAAGAGAUUUAGACACUGUACAACCAAAACGCCAUGAAGACAGAUUAUUGUUCACCCGUCCACCUCGACAGAAGUUUACAGCUCUAGAG